UGACGUAAUGUUACGUCGGAACCGUUGUAAGAACCUGCUCUAACUUCUUCCAACAGAGUCAGAAAAUGUCUGGUUGAAGUUCCCUGGGACAACCAAAGCUGGGUCUGCGGCCUCGAGGAGCACUGGGAACCGAUGAGAGUCUGUUCUCGUCCGCUAAAAGGAGACGAAAAAGGGGAGAGAGAAGGAGCAACAGGAGGUGCGGCUCCGCUAGGCGGUCAUGGCGGCUGACUCCCGGAUCAAAUGAACCUUCGUCAGGGUCAGAACGGGAAACCGCCGUUUAUUGUUCAGGUGUUCGGCGGACCACGGCGGCUCCACGGGCCGGUAGCCGCCUGAAGGACGUCUGAACUCGCAUGGCGUCCACUCAAGCCCGACUGGGCCAGCAGGCCGUAGCGGUGCUGGAUGUGGCGCUGAGAGUUCCCUGUAUCUUUAUUAUCGACGCCAUUUUUAACUCGUACUUCGAGCCCGGUACCGGAUGGACCGGGACGGUCCUGAAGCUGCUGCUCAGAGUGUCAGGCGUCCUGGUCUCCGGCGUGGUUCUGCUGCUCUCCCAGAAGGCUCUGUUCAGGUUCUACACCCUCUUCCUGGCCGUCCUCCUGGCCGUGGCGGCGGUGCUGGUCAACUACUACACAACCUCUCACGUGGACUUCUACGGCGCCUACUACAAGGCGGCCCUGGGCUUCAGGCUGCUGCCCAGGAACGGCCCCACCUUGUGGAUGGGCGUGGUGGCCGUCCAGCUGGCGUUCGGCGUGGGCUACGGCUUCCCCCUGGACCAGUCUGCGUUGGCGGCUCUGGUGGUCCUGGACAUCAUGAUCCCUCUGUGGGGGCUGGUGGUGGAGCUUCCCGCGGACGUCCGGCAGCUGGUGGCGCUGUGCUCGGGCCUGGCCCUGGCUGUGAACACGGCGGCGUGUCUGGCGUGGCGGCUGCGGUGGUUCUACUACUCCUGCCGGUACGUCUACCUGCUGCUGCGCCACAUGUACAGGAUCUACGGCCUGCAGCUGCUGCUGGAGGACACCUGGAAGAGGAUCCGCUUCCCCGACGUGCUGCGGGUCUUCUGGCUGACCCGGGUCACCGCCCAGGCCCUGAUCCUGGUCUACGUGGUGAGGGCGGUGAAGAGGGAGAGCGGAGGCGCCGGCGACGGAGGCUCAGACUCUCAGAGUUCCCUGCUGAGCUGGGACGUGUUCUGGGAUCUGACCAGUAACCUCAUCAUCUCCGGCUGUGACUCCACCCUCACCGUGCUGGGCAUGAGUGCCGUCAUCUCCUCCGUGGCCCACUACCUCGGACUCAGCAUCCUGGCCUUUAUCGGGUCCACAGAGGAAGAGGACAAGCGUCUGGGCUUCGUGGCUCCGGUUCUCUUCUUUAUCCUGGCUCUGCAAACGGGUCUCAGCGGCCUGGACCCCGAGGAGCGCCUGGUGCGUCUCAGCCGAAACAUGUGCCUCCUGCUGACCGCCAUCCUGCACUUCAUCCACGGCAUGACCGACCCGGUUCUCAUGUCCCUCAGCGCCUCGCACGUCUCCUCCUUCCGCCGUCACUUUCCUGUCCUGUUGGUGUCGACGGUUCUCUUCGUGCUGCCCGUGGCGCUCAGCUACGCCCUCUGGCAUCACUACGCCCUCAACACCUGGCUCUUCGCCGUCACCGCCUUCUGUGUGGAGCUGUGUCUGAAGGUGGUGGUAUCUCUCACAGUCUACGGCCUCUUCAUGGUGGACGGUUUCUCCAACGUCCUCUGGGAGAAGCUGGACGACUACGUCUACUACGUCCGCUCCACAGGAAACAUCAUCGAGUUCCUGUUUGGGGUCAUCAUGUUUGGAAACGGCGCCUACACCAUGAUGUUCGAGUCCGGCAGCAAAAUCCGGGCGUGCAUGAUGUGCCUCCACGCCUACUUCAACAUCUACCUGCAGGCCAAGAACGGCUGGAAGACCUUCAUCAACCGACGCACCGCCGUCAAGAAGAUCAACUCGCUGCCAGAGAUGCGCGGCGAGCAGCUGCGCCACAUCGAGGACGUGUGCGCCAUCUGUUACCAGGAGUUCGCCACGUCUGCUCGGAUCACGCCGUGUCACCACUACUUCCACGCCCUCUGCCUCAGGAAGUGGCUCUACAUCCAGGACACGUGUCCCAUGUGCCACCAGAGGGUGUACGUGGAGGAGGAGGGCCGCGAGCGCGCCGCCUUCUCCAACAACAACGCGGCGUACGCGGCGGCGCCACAGGUCGCCGCAGCCGCCGGCGAGGCUCCGCCCGCGCAGGGCGAGAACCGGCACGGACAAAUGGCCGCCGAGCUGCUGCUACCCGAAGAAGCGGUGGCUGCAGCAGGGGGCGCUGGUGUGCAGCUGGUGGGCGGAGCUGCAGAACUGCUGGAGGACAACGACAGUAUAGAAUACGACGAAGACGAGUGGGGGACGCAGAACGGCAGCUCGCCGGUAGAAGAAGACUAUAUCAAUGAUGACACGGACUCCAGCGAGGAGUGAGGAGAAAAACUGAGAGAAAAAAAAAAAUAAUAAUAAUAAUUUAAAAUGAUUCUAAAAACUGUUUCUGCAAUUGUUGUUAAAACAUCAGGGAAGUUUCCUCUGGUUCUGUCUCCGUUCUUUGGACCUCUGCACACUGUGAGGCUGGAGUCAUGCUAUACAUGUCCACAUGGUGGCGCUGUGCUCUUUAAUCAGCUCAGCAGCAGGAAGUGGUGACAAGUUUGGAAAUAGAAGAGGGUUAAAAGUAAGAAGUCUUUGGAGUUGGCCACCAGGGGGCUCAACAUGAGAGAAGAGUGUGUGUGUGUGUGUGUGUGUGUGACCUUCAAAAUCAAAGGUCAAAGUGACCCUAACAGUGACCAGCACAUAUGUUCUAGAGAGGGUUUGUCAGGUGACAAUCAGCUGUGGUGAUAAAACUGUUCUUUCACUAGAA